AUGUUGAAGUCAGCUGGAAUUGCACGGCUGUUCCGCCGCUGCUGCAAUAUCUUUUUCAACCGUUCCAUUUCUCGACCUCCUGUACUCCCACUAAUAGUGCUAUCACCAAUUUGGCUAGAACUUCUCAAUUUACUUCUGAUAACAUCAGCUACAUCACAGUCUAGCUCCAUCAGAUUACAAUCACAACCCCGGCCAUUAGAUACUGAACAAUGUCAGACUGAUAUUCCCGGUGAUUGUAAUCCAUAUUCAUGUCGUGGUACUUGCGAGGGACUAUAUGUUCGAUUUUGGGAUAGCAAACUAAAAAUCGAUCGAACUGUAAAAAGUUGUCAGUGUGUGGAGGAACCAGUAUGUAGUUUAAUCGGAAUGAAUGCUUAUGCCGGUUGUCGUACUUAUACAAUGCUCUCUACAGCAGCACAACGAUUCAUCCGAUUAUGGACGAUGAGCGGUACGGAAAAAUCGGAUAAUCAACGAUCAUCAAUUUUUACUUACCGUUCUGAUCGUUCCUGGGAUAGAUUGCGACAUAAUCAGUUGCUUAAUGCUAAUUCUAAAUUUUGCUGUCGCACAGCCAAUAUUACUUUUUCGGGUUCCAUUAUUUUUCGCCACAAAUUGUUAUCAAUUUUGCUGCCAAUUUCAUUUGCCUUACUUUUAUAA